GCCCACCCGCCCUGCCCCCCACCCCGGAGAGUCGCCAUGUGGCCCCUGGCCGCUGUGACCGCCUUGCUGAGCGUGACCUUGUCAGGCGGCAUCUCUCAGGAGUCUCCCAAGAUUCUGAACAACACCACCAAUGGGACCAAUGGGUUUCUCCCGGGUGGCUAUACCUGCCUCCCCCACUCUCAGCCCUGGCAGGCAGCCCUACUGGUACAAGGGCGACUGCUCUGUGGGGGAAUCCUGGUCCACCCUAAAUGGGUCCUCACCGCCGCACACUGUCUGAAGGAAGGGUACAGAGUUUACCUGGGCAAGCAUGCUCUGGGGCGUGUGGAGGCUGGAGAGCAAGUGAGGGAGGUAGCCCGCUCUAUCCCCCACCCUCAGUACCAGAUCAGCCCCACCCACCUGAACCACGACCACGACAUCAUGCUUCUGGAGCUGAAGUCACCAGUCCAGCUCACGAGCCGCGCCUGCGUCCUGCCCCUCUCCCACACUGACUGCCUCCCCCCUGGCACCUGCUGUCGAGUGUCUGGCUGGGGCACCACCACAAGCCCCCAGGUGAACUACCCUCAGACCUUACAAUGUGCCAACAUCCAGCUACGCUCAGAUGAGGAGUGUCGUCAAGCCUACCCAGGGAAGAUUACACCCAACAUGCUGUGUGCCGGCUCGAAGGAGGGUGGCAAAGACUCCUGUGAGGGCGACUCUGGGGGCCCCCUGGUCUGUAACGGAACACUCUACGGCGUCAUCUCCUGGGGAGACUUCCCAUGCGGGCAGCCCAACCGGCCUGGCGUCUACACACGAGUCUCUCGAUAUGUUUCAUGGAUCCAAGAAACAAUCCGACAACAGAAAACCCAGCAGCAGAAAUGGACGAAGGGCCCGCAGUAAGAGUACUAACAGGACCUACUGCUCAGGGCUGUUGUGAAGAUUGAGUGAAAGAUCGGCAUUUAAAGACUAUAAACUUCUCAAUCAAUGGAGAAGAAGCAUGACGUAGUAAAGAGCAUCGUUUCUGAGGCCAGCCUGCCUGGGUCUGAGUCCCAGCUCAGUCACUUAUUCAAUCAUGUGACUCACCUUUUGGGUGUCUCAGUUUUCCCAUCACUCAAAUGGGUAGAACAAUGGUACUUAACACCAAAUCGCUUAAAGACUAAAGGCCAAACCAUGAAGUUAAUAGAAGAUAACAGCAGAGAAAAUUUUGUGACUUAGGAUGGGGAAGGGUUUUUUAAAACUUCAGAAGGACUAGUCAUAAGGUAAAGCUUGUUUAAUUUGAUUAUAUCAAAGUCCUUAACUUUGAUAUAAUUUUAAUUUCUGCUCAACAAAAGAUGAUGUGGAAAAAGCAAAUCGAUGGCUGCAGAUACUUGCAAUCUGUAAUAUUGACCUGGGGUUGCUAUCUAAAAUGUGCAAGGAAACCCUGCACAUAAAUAAGAAAAAUGUUAAAGGAUAUGAAUGGGGGAUUUGUAGAGGAGGAACCCCCAAAAAGAAUCGUAAAAGAUGCACAGACUCCAUCAGUUAUCUAAGAAAUGCAAAUACAAGUAACAUACCAUUUUAUUAGAUGGGUUAAAAUCUUUAAAUAACCUAAGUAUUGUCAGAGAUUCAGAAACACAGGGACCUUAGCACAUAGCUGGUGUGAAUGUUAAUUAGUGCGGUUAUUUCGGAAAGUAACUUGGCAGUCCUUGGUGAAAUUAUGUAUAUGCACACCUAAGACCCAGUAGUUCUACCACCUGGAUGUCUGUCCUAGGGCAGUGAUCCUGCAGGUCACAAAGGAGUGAGUACAAGUUGUCCGUCAUUGAGCUGUUUGCUGUGCUGGGAAUGAGGAAACCUGGGUGCCCACUAUUGGGUUCACGGAUGACAGGAUGUGGCAAAGACCACCACAGAGGACUUUACAGCAGUUAAAAGCAACAGACUAGAUGUGCACAUAGCAACAUGAAGGGAAUCUUAAAUGUAUGGCGCUGCCAAUCUCAAUGGUAAAAGUUAAAAAGACUGACAAUACUAAGUGUUGGUGAAGAUGUGGGGCAACUGGAACACUCAUACACUGCUGAUG